AUGUACCCUGAUGUCAGAAAAGCUGUAGGGUCCUCAGAAAAGGUUUUUGAGUAUAUGGACCGCACUCCACAGAUGCCCAAACAAGGCACCCUCAUCCCUCUCAAAGGGCACGUUCAGUUCCAGAAUGUUACUUUUUCAUUCCCGAAAUAUCCAGAUACCCAAGCUCUGCAGGAUGUGUCUUUUGAACUGUGCCCUGGUGAAGUGACAGCUCUGGUGUGUCAAUGUGACGCAGGAAAGACCACAGUGGUGCAGCUGCUGCUCAGAUUUUAUGAACUGAAGAAUGGAAAGAUUCUAAUGGACGGAAAACCAAUAUCAGAAUACGAGAACAAAUUCUACCGCACAAAGGUGUCAGUGGUCAGCCAGGAACCAACUCUCACGUCCCGCACCAUUGAGGACAAUAUCUCUUAUGGCUUGGGGAAGGUACCCCAGAAAUCGGUGCAGGAUGCAGCUAAAGUAGCACAUGUUGAUGAUUUCAUUUCAGAAUUAACCGAUGGAUAUCAGACAGGUGCUGGACAGAAAGGAGGGCAGCUUUCUGGGGGGCAGAAGCAGAGGGUGGCAUUGGCGAGAGCUCUUGUAAGGAAUCCCAAGGUUCUCAUUCUAGAUGAAGCCACCAGUUCCCUGGAUACAAAGACUGAGCUCGAUAUUCAGAGUGCCCUGUAUGAUAAUCCCCAGAAACGGACAGUGCUGCUCAUCUCUCAUCGCAUGCACACAGUGCAGCAGGCAAAGCGUAUCCUGGUACUGGAAAGCGGGCAAAUCACGGAGCAGGGGACUCACGAAGAGCUGCUGGCCCUUGAGGGCAGCUACUGGAGGCUCUGGAACAAGCAGACCAGCAGUUUCCAGCGAAGUAAUGGAGAGCAAGUGGAAUGA